CAGCAGCAGAGUCUUCUUACCUGAACUGUGUAGUUUCUAAGUAGAAGCUUUACCGCUACUUUAACGUCCGGCACUUCUGUGACAAAUGACUAGAAACCGGAGCCAGUAAUUCAUUUGCGGCGAAGGAGAGCGUAGAGGCGCGCAAGUGGGCGGAAUGCAAUUGAGCGCACCCUCGCCGGAGUCCAUAUUUGGUGAAUGACGUCGUAAGCCGGAGGUUCCAUUCAUAUAAAAUUGUUACAACGGAAUCCCCUCGGCGGAAAUGUAAACGCAGAAGACGUCGGGAGCGCGUCGUGCUCUGAUACAGAGACCAGCUGUCGAGCGUAUCUGACCUCACAGGGAAGGCGAACUCGUUUCGAGGACAAUAUGAAGGUUUCAAGUAUUGAGUGCCAACGCCUAAAGAAACUCAUAAGGAAAGGUUCGGGGAGCUGUCUAAUAGUGGACUGUAGACCUUAUUUCUCAUUUUCGGCUUCCAGCAUCAGAGGUUCACUUAACGUCAACUUGAACUCUGUUGUAGUCCGGAGGGCCCGCGGUGGUCCGGUGCCGAUACAGUUCGUAAUCCCGGACCCGGGAGCCCAGUGUCGCUUGAGAGAUGGGGUGAUCUCUCUAGUGGUGGCGGUGGACGACCGAACUCCCCAUUGGCAGAAAAUUAAAAAAGACAGCGCUGCACAGAUAGUCAUAAGUACACUCUUGGAUGUAAGCAGCGGCGCGAAAAUCUGCUUUCUGAAAGGGGGAUAUGAAAGCUUCCACUCCCAAUAUCCCGAGCUUUGCACGGAGCUGAAAGUCUCCUCUAUGGAUGGAAGCGAGCCUGAGAAAGCCUAUGAGAAACUUGCCACUGGCCACAAACCGGCGUAUGAUCAGGGUCAGCCUGCAGAAAUUCUUCCUUUCCUUUUCCUUGGCAGUGCUUAUCACGCAUCUCGACAGGACUAUCUCAAAGAUCUCCACAUCACAGCGCUUCUCAAUGUGUCCCAGAGAGCCACUGACCAUUUCAAAGGCCAGGGUCAUUACAAAUGGAUUCCAGUGGAAGACAGUCACACAGCAGACAUCAGCUCCCACUUCAAGGAGGCCAUUGAGUUUAUUGACUGCGUGAGGCAAGGUGGAGGAAAGGUCCUUGUUCACUGCGAAGCUGGCAUUUCGCGAUCUCCCACCAUCUGCAUGGCGUACAUCAUGAAAACCAAGAAAAUGUGCCUGGAAGAUGCUUUUGACUUCAUUAAGCAGAGGCGCAGUCUGAUUUCUCCAAAUUUUGGCUUUAUGGGCCAGCUACUGCAGUAUGAGUCUGAGGCCCUCUCCACUGCACCUCGGACACCAGAUGCACUUCGCAAAAGGGACGGCGUGUCCUUCCUCAGUGAAGACUUUUCCUUAAAUCAAAACUAUGAGGGCUCUGUCUUUGCUUUCCCUGCCUCUUUUCGGACUCCAGUGCCCCUUCAAACUUCAGUAAACCCAAUAACGCUCAGUAGCUCAAUCACAACAUCACCCUGAUGGUGACAGUAAAAAGUACCUAGGAGCUAAAUGGACCUGAAUCACAAAAGACAUGGGGGUGUCCACUGAAACCUGCUGAGCAAGUGGAAUAUUUGAACCUGCCAACUAGGCUAAAAACGUAUUCCUUAGCCUGAGGUGUCCUUCAUUCACCUGACACCUUCCAGUGGGGUGUACCCCUUUAAAUUAUUCCGACCUGUGUUGAUGUCACUGUAUAAAUAUACACAAAAACAUGUGCAGCUAAAUAUUUUUUUAUUUAUUUUCUUACCAGUAAAAUCUUGUGAAAUGUGCA